CUUAGACCAAGAUAUAGCAACCUCGUUUAACUUUUGCAACAAUAAACAUGGCUUUUCAGUAUGUAGUUUUGAGCUUGACUGUGGCAUUGUGUUCUGUUGUUGCACCAAUAUACGCUCAAAUUAGUACUCCAUGUUCGGCUUCGAUGAUCACAAGCUUUACUCCAUGUCUCAACUUUGUAACAAAUAGCACCGCCACUGGUAAUACUACACCAACGUCUGACUGUUGCAAUUCGCUAAAGUCUCUCACGACUAGUGGUACUGAUUGCCUAUGCCUCAUUGUUACUGGAAGCGUACCCUUUCAAAUUCCCAUCAACAGGAGCCUAGCCAUUUCUCUGCCUCGUGCUUGUCGAAUGCCUGGUGUUCCCCUGCAAUGUAAAGCUGCUGCCGCCCCUGUUCCUCCACCAGGUCCUGCUACAUUAGGGUCAGCCCCAUCUCCAUCUCCUGGUAGUUCAUCUACAGUUCCAAACGCAUUGUCACCAGCCUCGUCACCCGAAUCAAAUACGACACCUGCCAUAACACCACCAUUGGCUCCUGAUUCUGACACAACGCCCGACUUAUCACCACCAUCUACUGGUGUAGAUUCUGGAGUUCCGACCACCAAUGCAGGCAGCCGACCCAGUCUAACGCCUUCAUCUGCCGCUUCCACUUAUGCCUAUGCACCAUUUAUGCUAGCUACUUCCAUUAUCUUUUCUUUGAUUUAAUUUUUAUUGAUUCUGCUUCUUAUCAUGUGAUAACUAAUUUAUAUAUUGUGUAUCAAUUUAUUAUAUAUAAGAUUAUA